UUCAUGUAGAGUUGGAAACAUAACUAUUUUUUUUUGGUAGAAAACAAGACUAUUUAUUCUAGUAAGUGAGCGAUAUUAUCCCCUCUCUACUGAAGUUCCCCCUCCCCUGCUGUCACGUAACCCUGUCACUGGAACAAAAUGUUCUCCUAGGUUUCUAGUCCUCUCCGGUUCCUUUCCCCCACUUUCCUUUCGGCGUUACAGUUGUUGUAGUUUGCUGUUGGAAAUUUUGUUUCAUUUUAACUCCUCUUCUUGCUUCCGUUCCUUAUCCAUGCGGUUCAUUGUUCUAGGUUUCCGAACUUGAAACAAUCUAUUGUUCUCUGCUGCGAAAAACGCCAUGACUGAGUUUGGCGAAGCUGGAAACAGGAGCGGUGAAGAAGAAGCUACAGCUGACAGGUUAAGCCAUCUUCCAGACUUCAUUAUUGAUCACAUCCUUUCAUUUCUCGACACGAAAUCCGCCGUUCAGACCUCUUUACUGUCCCCAUCUUGGAGGUCCGCUUGGAAGAAUGUCCCGGUCCUCGACCUUCGUCGGGAUUCCUUCCAGCAUUACUCGAGUUUUCGCAGCUUUGUGGAGACAGUUUUGUCCCUCCGCCAUCCCCUUAAUGCCCGCAAGAUUAGCUACACAGACGAUGAGAGAGCGGGUGCUAGAGACCGUGGUCUGUUGAUUAGGCUCGUCCAAUGUGCGCUUUCCGAUCAUACUACUCAACAUUUAGUGAUCAACCUGGCGGAUUAUAUGGAUCGUCCAAUUUUAUUCUCCGAGUUGUUUGGCUCGAUCUUGGAUUCCAACCUCAAAACUCUAGAGUUGAAAGGUGUUGCCUUGGACAGUGGAUAUGAAUCUCCUUGUUUUCGGUUGCUGACGAGUUUAGAUUUGCAAGACAGCAGUCUGAUAUGCACUUCUAAAGGGGGUCGUGAUCCCUUUUCUAAAUUUCCUAGUUUGGAGAAUCUUGUCUUGAGUACUUACACCAGUAGUGGUCUGAGGGUCUCCGGAUUGCAUUUGCUUAGCCUUAAAAUGUUACUUAUGUUUCCGGUCGACCUUGAAAUAUUUGCCCCGAAACUCAGGUCCUUCAGCCUUUGGAAUAAUUGGACAGUCUUAAGAUUUGCGUGUUUAAGCCUUCCUUCCUUAGAUCAUGCUCAUAUCCAAGUUCAUGUCCGUAACUUGAAGAGGGAGGACGACAAGUAUCGCAUCCACAGCCGCCUGGAGCGAGAUUUGAUCUUCUUGUUCCAAGGUUUGCGUAAUGCAAAAUCUCUGAAGCUGCAUUACUGGACCAUUCAGGCACUGAGUGAAUUGUAUGAGUUUCUGGAGCAACAACCUUCACCAUUUACGAGAUUGGAGUUGCUGAUCGUGGAAGCUGAUGGCAUACCUUCUCAACUGGUCGAUUACUUUUUCAAAGGAACUACUGCAGAACCAAAGAUCAAGUUUCUCCCCACGUUAGCCACACUGCCAUAGUUUCUCCUCGGCAGGUUGGUUUGUAUUUUGUUUCUUUUCAAGUCACUUAGGAAUAGUAAAAGAUAGUUCUGUUCCAGUUGAUCUCUCUAUAUAUUUGGUAAUCAUUUGUGCUGUCUUGUGGUUUGUUGUUUGUUUUUUGUUCAUAUCUUUUGGACAGGCGGGUUCGUAGCUGUUGCAAUUGUCGCCUGCCAAGGAGCUUGAAGCUGCUGGGUUUUCGCCUUUUCGGCCUUGGCCUCGUAAUGCAGCCCCCUAGAAAGGCUUAUGCUAUCUUAUUUUGGUGCCAGAUAAAUCGACUUCUAUUCUGAACUGGGUUCUAUUGCUGAAGUUGAAAGAUGGCCAGCUGCUGUAUAGCCAGUUUAAAUGUCUGGAUCAUGUACGGUGAAGUGUCAUCUUACAUGGUGUAAUUAAGUGAUGCCACUCCAUUAUGUCUUGUUGCAGAAUUAGCUAUCUGGAUUUACAGUUUGGACCAAACGUUAUGAAUGUCUAUAUAUAUAUUGUACAUAGAUUUGAAUGUUUACUGUGGAAUUCGUUUUAGUGGGUGCUGUUUUCGGCCUGCACUGCAACUGCGAGGUUUGCUAGCUAGUGGCUUUCUACUUGAUGAUUGAGCAUGUUUUGCUUUGGUGGGAUGAAGUCUUGGUUUCCUUUCUACUGCACGUUCGAAGUCUUCGAUUCCUAGCAUUCUGGCUCUUGAACCUCGAAACUUUUGUCCAUUGUUCUGUCCAAAUCUUCUAAGUAUGGCUUGCUUGCAACAAAAGGUUCACGAUCAC